CGAGCGAGAUCUUGCUAAGGUUAAGGAGGCUAAAGAGGUUGCCUAGUUUUUGAUGUCCAGGUCCACGGUGCUUUUUGAUUCAACUUCAUCUUUUACUGUUUUUUUUAGUAAAAUAUCUUUUGAUCCAUCACCUAAACUUGCGCGCUGAUUAUUUUUGAUUUGUUUGUUUUUACAGUUUGGCGACAAAGGGCCAAGCCUCUGACCUGUAUAGUAUUACCAGUAGCCUAAGUAUUUGUCGUGCCUAGCUAGCCUAGCUGGCCGAGAGCCAGGGCCAGACCUGCUACUACUAGGGGCCUACGCUAGUAGGUAGGAGUCAGGCAUAGCGUUCGCCGUAUGCAACCCAGGCCUAGCCUAGCUGGAUAGAUAUAGAUCAGUAUGUUCACUGGUAUGAGGUUAUCAACCUUAGAAACAAAUAGUGAAAGUUCAGAUGACAGAAAAUCUUCUCAAUUGGCUGACAAAAAUAGAGAGAAAGAAAAUAGCCAUGAUAAGAAGAGUGGUUUUUCUUUUAUCAAUGAUUCAUUUAGUGAACGAUCUCCAAAUGAUAAUGAUACCAGCGAUACCAGUGAUAAAAGAGAUGGUGGCCUUGAAGAAGAGGUUACAAAAACACUGAAGGAUGACUAUUUAGACCCAUUUUACUCAAAUCCGGGUGCUACUAAAACUGGAAACAUAUUUAGUUUGGAUUUGGAUGGUUUAGAAUUCACAGUAUCAGAGGAUAAUGGUGCUGAACAUCAGCAUCCUCCUGAAACUACCACAAGCUCUUUCAAUUUUAUUAAACAUGUUCAGGAUGAUGUUGAGGAGGAGUCAUUGAUUGAUAAAGAACACUUAUGUGAUGCCAUCCAGAAGGAGGAGGCAGUUGAUGAUGAGGAUGAUGAAUCAACCAUGGAAGGGGAUCAUAUUGGGUUAACAGAAAGAGUUGAAAGGUUGAAGUUGAUUUCAAAAUCAAAGUUAAAGAAAGAAAAGAAUAUUCAUAAAAACAUGGAUGAAAUUAUUAAAGCAAGUUUAUCCAGUGUGGUGCAACUUGUUGAUAAGCAGACUUUACUGCAGGAUUUGGAACUGUCAGAAAAACAAGCAUUGGAUGAUGAAAAUUAUGAAAAAGCUGAGGAACUGAAUAUCAGAUUAGAGCAGAUAAAGAUUGAGAUGAAAAACCAGUCUGUAAUUCAACCUCAUACUCAUGUCAAUUAUGGUUGGUUGCUAAGCAACCUGGAUGAGCUGACCAAUGAGGAGUUGCUUCAACAAGAACAUAAUGUGGAGCUCGCGAAGAAACUGAAAGUAGAAGUUGAAGAGAAAAGGGAGGAAAUCGCUGAUAAGAAACGACAUUGCGAGCAAGAUACAGAACUGGAAAUACAGAAGAGGAGGCAGAAACUAGCCACAGCAAAAGGGCAUUUAAAACUAGACAAAGAAGACUUAACAAAAUGUGAGAAACUUCUAGAAAAUAGAAUUGGAGAGGAAACUAAGGAAUUCGAAAGUAAGAAAUGUAUACUGGAAGUCCAACAACAGUGUGUGCAGGAGGAAAUUGAUGAAUUAUUGAAGAAAUUAGCAUCCCUAAGAAAACAGGAAGAAGAAAUUAAAGAAAGUAUUGAAGAACAGAAUGACCUUAUUGGUAAAGCUAGAGAAGGGUUUGCUGAAGAGAUCCAUCAAUUAGAAUGUGAUGAAGAGGAGAUUAAACAGAGAGAGAAUGAGCUGCAAGUGAUGGAGGACAAUUUAAAAUUUGAUGAAGAAGACUUAAAGAAUAAAACACAAUCUUACGAUGAAGAAGAAAGCCAAUAUGAAAGUCUGUUGCCCGUGAUUCAAGAUGUUAUACAGUCAAAUAAAUCAAAUGUUGAAGUGCUAAAGCAAUCUAGUGGUCAAAUAGUACCAGACCUUACCCCUACGACAUUAGAGAUUAACCCACCACAGUGCAUCACCAGGUUACAAGAGACAGCGUCUGAAGGCGUUGAGAAGAUUAAGCGUGCCACGUCAGUGAUGAUUGCAAUGCAGACUGAGGUUACAUUACAAGCGAAAACACUGAGCAGCCUGCAGGGUCAAAUAGAAGAGCUUCGGGUCGCCAAACAAGUUGCCGUGCAAGGAAAGCAGUUUUCAGAGGCAAAGAAAUUAUCAAUGGAACUAAAAACAAUGUCUGAAGAAGUUGAGGCUGUAAAAAAUCAACUUGAGGGCAGCAGAGAGAGUUUAGAUAAACUGAAAAAGGAAUUGUUAGAGAUGAGAAAAGAUCAGGAGGAAUUAGAAACACAACUAAAAGAUAAGGAGAUGGAACAAGACACAAAACAAUUAGAAUCUGCACAUGAAGUGUUCAACAAGAUCAAACUCAUAUCACAUGACAGGCACCAGCCAAUGAUAGAACGUAUUCUGCAAGCAGAGAUUCAAACGUGCAGUUUAUGGAUGAAAUAUUUAUGUAGCCGACUAAAUGUAGCGUUGGAUGACGACGUAGCGGCUUAUCUUGAGCAACACCCAGUGAGCCAAGAUAUCCUCAAGGGUGAACAGCAGAAAGAGUCUCAAGAAGCCAGGAAACUCAUCGAUUCCUUGGAGAAAUCAUUAGAAAGUGCAAUAGAAGAGGAAAAUUACGAUGCUGCUGAGUCUAUUCAACUUGAAAUCGACACACUGAAGUCUGUCUUAUGAUACACCAGCAGCGCUAUAAUGUGGAUAUAUGACUAUUAUGUACAAGACCUGAAGUCUGUGUUGUGUCAUGCUAAGCUCGCUCUGUAAUCAAAUAUACGGAUGCACCAUUGCUAUGUGGCUAGUAAGGCUGUAGUUACCCAUCCUAUGAUCAUUGGUUCAGUUAGUAUGUACUGUAUGCUGGUCACACAACUGCUUUUGGACUGCAGUGACCUUUGCGUUGAUCAAACUUUACAACUGGCCAAUCAGAACUUGGCCAAGAAUAUGCAUAUUCCAGGAGGUCACAUAUUGUCACACAAACGCAUGUGUUUACGUAAAUUUACGCUGUUGCUUUUUGGUACCUUAGCAAUAGUAUCGAAGAAGUGGCCCUUAGCGGAAAGGUUCAUUGUUUUCAAUCAAUCGUCUAUAGAGCACAGGUGUGUCCAUAGUGUAUCCAUAAGUAUUGAAAUCAAGGAGGGGGUGGGGCACAAAUGUGAAGUUGAAGGGCUCAAUUUAGUGAGGAGCACUAAUUGUGUUUUAAACUAGCUUGUUCAUUAAAAUCCCGAGUCACUUUGUGAAUCCAUGCUCACCUUGGUGAAGCCCGUACUAGCACCUUUCCUCUGUCCACCACAAGGCUGUCCCUACCAGUGCACUGAGGUUUUCCCCUCCUUGUCUUGAUUGAUGUACAGUACUGGGUUGUUCGAAAUGUGCAUGAGCCUAUUGCGUACGCUAGGUCUGCAAAUUAUUCCAGUGCCACCAACAGAACUAUGAGCAAGCAUGCCGCUUGAACCUGUACUGAUACAGUAUUAUGACUGUAGGUUGUGAUGCCCCUGCUUUAAAAAACUUGGCCAAUAAAAUCGUAAAUAGACGUCAAACCCAAAUGGCCUUUGUAUCCUCGUCAAAUCUGGUUUUUAAUUGUACUUGUUUUGUCAGGUCAGUCUGAAUAAAAUCAAGUAACGAGUUGAAAUAUGGGUUAGAUUGUAUUUUAUACAUACAUUUCAGGAAAACUACCACUUACAAAAUUAAUACAUGAAUAAUCAGUGCGACACUGUGCCAAUCACUGGAUAUUGCCUUUAAAAACCUUCCACAACUUGUUAAUGUAUCUAUUGAAUUAAUUAGGGUAAAUCACAAGCAGUAACAGAAUUCAAUUUAACCACUCAUUAAUAUUUUUGAAUUAAACAAAAUGUUUAAUCCCAGAUUUAUAUAGUUAUUAUAUUGUUAACAUACCCACAUAAGCUAAUACUUAUUACUUAAAGAAAAUUUGAAUAAAGGUUGAGUCACCCACAAUUGCUUGACCGCACCUAAAGUUGUAAGAUGACAGCACUAUACAAAAUAAAAGUUCUAUUAGUGAUGUUCAGCAGACAGUUUUAAA